AAUAUUUUCAAAAGUCCUAUGACACUAGAAGAAAUGGAUACCAUUCAGACUUCAUCUUCUGAAAAUAACCAAACACAUUUUAGAAAUAGCUUUCACUGUGUUAGAAUACUAGAAGACUUACAAUCUCUACGCAAAAAAGAAGUUUUAUGUGAUAUUAGAUUUGAAACAGAUGAUGGAUGUAUAACAUUUGGUCAUAAAAAUGUUUUAAUGGUAGCUAGUCCAUAUUUCCGAGCAAUGUUUAAUAAUUUUGAUGAAAGCAAUAAAGAUCUUGUUAAAAUAAGUGAAUUAGAUUCUACUGUUUUACAAAUAUUAGUAGAUUAUAUUUAUACUGAUGAAUUGAUAGUGACAAAAGAAAAUGUACAGAUAUUAUUACCAGCAGCAAAAAUCCUACAGUUAGAUUUUGUUAGUGCUGCAUGUUCUGAGUUUUUACAAAAACAACUGGAUGCAUCAAAUUGCCUUGGCAUCAGAACGUUUGCUGACAUACAUAACUGCACGGAAUUGUUAUUGAGUUCUGAAGCAUUAAUAAAAAAACAGUUUCUGGAAGUGGUUAAAAGUGAUGAGUUCCUAUCAUUAUCUUCUGAAGAUGUGGUUAAGAUAAUCUCCUGUAAUGACCUUGCCGUUCCAUUAGAAGAAAAUGUAUUUGAAAGUGUUAUUAAAUGGGUAAAACAGGAUAUGGAUCAGAGAAAAGAUUUUUUGACAGAAUUAAUGGAACACGUACGUUUGCCAUUAAUAGCAUCCAGGCCUGGUAUAUUUAUAAAUAUAGUAAACGAACCUCUUCUUAAGAAUAAUCCUAAAUGUUUGUUAUUUUCAUAAAUAUAUUUUCAUUAUGAAUUUAUUUAUUUCAUUAAUUGUUAUUAUACUAUUUUUAGGUAAAGACUUUGUACUUGAAGCAUACCAUUUUAAUCUACUAAAAGCAGUACAGUAUUUCACCAUUCCACAAACAAUUCGUUGUAAACCCAGGCAGUUUGGUGAUUCACAAAAAAAUGGUAUGACCCAGUAACCAAACUACGUGGGAAAGCACCAGAGAUAAAUGA